CAUUUUGAAAAUUUAAAAAUUUAUUAACAGCAAACAUGCCUUUAAAUGAAAAAAAAACACUGAUUUCUGCUGCGUGAUUGUUGUUUGAAAUGUAAAUUUAAAGUAAAUUCAGGCGACAAUGAUUUUCAUUUUGAAGAAUGAAUCAUUUGGAAGGAUUUCUUUGCCCAGAAUGUAUGGCAAAUCUGCCGAGCGUCACGGAGUUGGAACAGCAUUGGAUGAAAGUUCAUCAGAAAACCUCUUUUAAAAUCGAAAAAAAUCAAGAAGAUGAAGUCCUGCAUAAAGAUCACUUGCUGGUUCAUGCAUCAAGUCCGAUGUUCACCGCAUGUGCUGUUUGCAUAAACAAAGAAACGUUUGAAGGAGUUACUUGUAAAAAUUGUGGUUAUACCUGUCAUUUGAAGUGCUUGGCACAGAUACCUGAUUGUAAUAAACCAAAAAUGCCAUCAAACUUAGAGAACAACACAUCACUAGAAAUUGACCAGAUCACCAACUCCAAUCAUCUCUCAGCAUCUGGAAGCAGUCCAGAAAACAGCAGCUCAAAUGAUGAUAAACAAGGAACUCCAUCACGAUCAAGUUACAUUUCUUUUACUAAGAAUAUUUUAAAAUAUAAAGUGUCAAGAGGUCGAAGUCGCCAUGUUGAUCACGAAUUUGACCUGGAUUUAACUUAUAUCACAGACAGAAUCAUUGCGAUGUCAUUCCCUGCUACCGGUUUGGAGACGACCUAUCGUAAUGAUCUGAAAGACGUUGCAAAAUUAUUGAAGAAAAAGCACCAAGAGAAUUAUUUAGUUUUUAAUUUAUCGCAAAGAAGCUACGACAUAUCAAAACUUAAUCAUCAGGUUUUGGAUUUCGGCUGGCCUGAUCACCUUGCUCCACCAUUGGGACGGUUACUAAGUAUAUGUAAGUCGAUUGAUUCGUGGUUGAACUCGGAUCCACAGCAUGUUGUGGUGGUUCACUGCAAGGGAGGUAAAGGAAGAACUGGUGUGGUGGUCGCGUCUUACAUGCAUUAUAGUAAACAGGCUGAAAGUCCCGAAGCUGCCUUAGACGAGUUCGCAAUACGAAGGUUCUAUGAUGAUAAACCGGCUGGGGUCACUCAUCCUUCACAGCGCAGAUACGUUCAUUACCUUAACGACUACAUGGAGAGAAAGAUAACCUUGUCAGACAAUUUUCUUCAUUUGAAACACAUCGUUGUUCACAUCACGCCAAAUUUCGAUGGCAAGGGUGGUUGUCGUCCAUUUUUCUCCAUAUAUCACGAGUAUGAGCUCAUAUACGAGACGAAUGUGUAUUCGCUCACUCCGGACAAACAAAGGUUUACCGUUACGAUUGAAGAUGGUUUGGAACUGCGGGGUGAUAUACUGGUGAAAUGUUCUCAUAAAAGCAUGACAUCAGCGCGUGAGAUAGUAUUUCGUUGUCAAUUUCACACAGACGCUGUCAAAAAUUAUUUUCUACGUCUUGGUAAAUCCCAGUUGGAUUUAGCCUGCAAAGAUAAAAGAUUUGCUGAAGAAGGAGCAGUGGAGUUCAUCUUUGCAAGUUCAACAAUGUUACGAAAAGACACUGGGGAUAAUCACACGGGAAACGAACUUUUUGUUCCACGCACGAGAAUAAAAUCCUACCAAUCAACGGACUCGUUAGAUAAAUGGCGGGAAAGUCACAACGUCGACGGCGUAGAGGAACUGCAGAUUACAGAUAGGUAAUCCGGUUCCCGAGAAAAGGUCAAUGUGAUUUGUGUAUAUACUGGUCGUAAAGAUUUCGUUGAGGGAUGUUUUUAACCUUUAACUUAUUGUAAAUAGUAUAUAUGUAGACCUGUCUACAUGGAGAGUAUAUAUAAAUAGGGCCUUGUGAAAUCAACGCAACCAUAGUGCACGCGGAGUGCACGUGGACACGUAGUUGGCGGCGUUGCAAGCCGUUGUCAAUACGAGUCAGGUGCUUUAUAUGGCAUUUCUCCCAUGGACAGUAAGGCUGGACAAUAAGGAUGACAAGUUAAUGUACGAAACAGUCUAUUAGGACAUGUAGAAUUGGUUUAGGUGCCGAUAUUAGCCGUAACGUGCCAAAAAACUGAAUGGUUUUUAAGGUACAUUAUGAUUCCCUUAGGAUUGAAAUAAAUACCAGACUAGCAAAUUUGUAGUAAUUCCAUGUCCAGAUUUUAAUCUUAACUUUUUGAAUUUAAUCCUUUUGGGGUUAAUAUUCGGGUGAGGGUUAGGGUCAGAUUUAGAAUUAAAGUUAAGAUUAUACUCGUGGAUUCUGGACGUGAAAUUACUACCAGCACAUUUAAUCCUAUUCGAGCUCAUUGUAUACUUCAAUGUCAGAUUGAAAUUAUUGUGUAUAUUGAUGCAUAUAUUAGUGUGUAACGGAGAAUAUAUAAACAUGCAGUCUUGAAAUUGAUCUGACAGUCAGUUCUGUUAUUUUACGCGGUUUAUCCAUAAAAAAUUGGCAAAAUUCUCGAUGAAACUUUGAUGUCCAACGGCUGCUGUUUAUUCUAGUGUUUUUCAUACAUGGAUGCAUACAACAUGCACGCAGAAAG